GCACACCAAGACGUCACCAAGCCAAAGAGCAAGAAGUCGCCGUCUCAAGUUGUUAUAACUCUCAGAAGACCAGACCCUAUUAUACUUCUCUCGAGUGCAUGUGGCCAAUAAGACAUCCAGCAGCUGGUCAUCAAGAAGAAUGUCCCCCUCAGCCACAGGGUGGGAACUCCACUCUGGAGUGAGCAGGCAAUUAAAGAGGAAGAGGCGGAGCCACAAGCCCCCCACAUUAAAGAGGAAGAGGCAGAGCCACAGCCCCCUAUGUUAAAGAAGAAGAGGAAGAACUCGAUCACUCGAUCACUCGAUCGAGAGUAUCUUCGAGGGCCAGAUGAGGCAGAUCUCACCAGGUUGCCACGGACUGGUGCCUCUGCGGUGACUGAAGACCCUGAAGACAAACCACCUGAGUCCUCACAGCUUCAUCGUAGUCCAAGUGAGGAGAUGAGAGAGGCGGAGCCACAGCCCCCCUAUGUUAAAGAGGAAGAGGAGGAGCCACAGCCCACCCACAUUAAAGAGGAAGAGGCGGAAUCACAGCCCCCCUAUGUUAAAGAGGAAGAGGAGGAGCCACAGCUCACUCACAUUAAAGAGGAAGAGACGGAGUCACAGGCCCCUUCUAUUAAGGAGGAAGUAGAAGAACUCUCCAUCACUCAGGAGGGAGAGCAUCUUCUAGCGCCAGAGGAGGCUGAUCUCACCAGGUUGCCACUGACUGGUGUCUCUGUGGUGACCGAAGACAAUGAAAACAAACCACCUGAGUCCUCACAGCUUCAUCAUAGUCCAAGUGAGGAGAUGAGAAAGGCAGAGCCUUCAUGCAGCAGCUCACUGCAACACAUGACAACAGAAGCUGAUGGAGACCACUGUGGAGGAUCACAAGCAGACAACCUCUUAGCUCCACUGUCAGAUAGUGACGACAUAACGUCACACUCUCCUGAAGAUGAAGACAGCGACUACAACAAAGAAUCUCUGAGCAGUGAUACAGACAGGGAAGGUCAUAUAACGACUCACACUGGCAACAAACACUCUGAAAGCUCUAAAAAGAAGACAGAUAAACAUUUUAACUGCUCAAUUUGUGAUAAAAGAUUUUCUCGUCAGGGUCAUUUGGCUCAACACAUGAGAACACACACAGGAGAAAAACCUUUUAGUUGCUCAGACUGUGGGAAACCCUUCACUCAAAAGUCAGUCAUGCAAUUACACAUGAGAACGCACACAGGAGAAAAACCUUUCAGUUGCUCAGACUGUGGUAAACGCUUCACUCGAAAGGCAACUGUGCGAAGACACAUGAGAACACACACAGGAGAAAAACCCUUCAUUUGCUCACUUUGUGGUAAACGCUUCACUCAAAAGAUAACCUUGCAAAGACACAUGAGAACACACACAGGAGAAAAACCUUUUCAUUGCUCACAUUGUGGUCAACGCUUCACUCAAAAGACAACCAUGCAAUUACACAUGAGAACACACACAGGAGAAAAACCUUUCAGUUGUUCAGACUGUGGUAAACACUUCACUCGAAAGGCAGACAUGCAAUUACACAUGAGAACACACACAAGACAAAAACCUUUUACUUGCUCAAAUUGUGGUGACACAUUUUCGUUCAAAUCCUCUUUGAAAAGACAUAUGCAGAGUCACUGAUGGUCUACUGUUUGACUUGCCAAUCAACACUUCCAAUCAACACUGUGUUGUAAUAUUCUUUGCAUAUGUCUUUCUUCAAUAAAUACAUCUUGUUUUUAUUAAUGUAGAAAGAAAGACAGGGUGACUGCUUAAACCUGUCACAAUAAUCGAUAAAUCGAUGAAUCGAAUGAUAGAAAAAAAACAAACGCCUUGAUAAAUUGACAUGUGCCUGUUCCUCUUCUCGCAGUACUACACAGGCUGGAUGACAAGAGGGUUCACUCUGCAUGUGUCUGUGCACAUUGAUUCUAUGGUGGAAUGAACGGAGAGAGUGAACCUCCUGUCAGCUAUUCAGCCUCUUUGUCCCAGUAUGUGGAGGCGGGGCUACAUAUUGAGUGUAUACACAGAGUGCUAGCUGUUAGCAAGUUAGCAAGCAAAUGCGAAUAUGAAUGAAGGCACAAAAGUGAUAGUUUCAAAGCCGAAUGCCACAGUUCCAGUGUGGAUGUGCAGCAGAACCUUCAUCCUGACAGUCAACGCUUACCAAGGCUUUUGAUCGGCCGAGUACAUAUAAAAUGAAAUAGUGCAAAAUGGUGCGCACUCACAGUGUCGCUCGCUAUUUUGCAAAAGAAAAGCAACCUUUCAAUACGGUUGAAAGGCCAACAUUUUGGGAAAUGCUAAAAAAAUUUCAGAGACAGUUCGAAUUGCCUGUGAGAAUGAACAUGACACGACAUAUGUCACAAACAGCAAUUCCUGUGAAAGGACAGUGUUGAAAGACAAUUAGCAACAUUGCGUCCACCUAUUGCGUUGCUGAGUGAUGUUUUAGCUCUUUUAUGACACCAUGAGUAUGACUGGUAUGUGAAGUGGUGACCUCCCGCAAUUUCAAUGGGGUUGAGAAGUUCAUUGUGAGCUGUGUUGUUACUCUGCUUGCAAAAUAGUUACUUCUUCCUCACCAACUUGUGAGUGCCACAACAGGCAAAUUGUGUGACUCUUACUUUACCUGAGUACCAUCUGGUGGUUCAAAUGUGACAUGGCAAUUCAUGAAAAAAUGCUCUAAAAAAAAAUCUUACAUUUUUGAUUAGCAAUAAUAGUUUUUACCACAGUUAUCGAUCACCAAAAUUUGUUAUCAUGACAGGCCUAGUGACUGCAGUGGUUUCAUUUGUGGUUAAAUGUGUUUUAUUUGACUGUAUGCUGUCAUCACUAAAUGCUGUAACUCAGGGGUGCCCAUUAUGUCGAUGGCGAGCUACUGGUAGAUUGCCAAGGUAGUUUGGGUCGAUCGCAGAAACGACACUUUGUAAUUGUCAUAUGACAUCAGUCAGCUGACAUUAAACUCACCUCCUGAUUCGUUCUUCUCCCCCACGGCGUUUCAAGCUACACACAGAGAUGCAACUGUCAUCUUUAUUAUUCUAAUUACGGAUAAACUAACAUAGCAGUAAGAUGUCUUUAUCUACAACAAAUGUUAUCUGUGUUGUGUAGAAAAAAAGUGUAUUGUUUACUGGCUUUGCUUUGCGUCAUGAACUCCACUACAGAAUUCAGUGUUUUCUACACGUCCACUUCUUAAACUAUUAUUUCAUGAUGAAAUGGAAAAUGUGCCCAUUGCUGAAACCUUUUUAAUAUUUUGGCUUGACUUCGGCUGCAUUGUCUUUUGAAUAAUCAUUUUCAAUUAAUGUGUCCUGAUGAACGUUGCGUAUCUAUUUUUGACGGGCGUAUUACCAGUACUCAGGUUUAGUACACAACUAUUGAAGAAUUAUGUGUAAUAAUCUUUACUGCCAUAUUGAAUAUAUCGACUACUUUGAUUACCUGUAAACUUUGAAAAUGUGAAUGUGAAAUGCUAAUCAUUGACAUGUACCAUAGUAGUUAGAUUUUAUAUGUGUAAUGUUUUAUAGAAAGAUGUACACCAUUUUGACUUGUAACUGAAAUAGUGCUUGCACCCCUGAUAUACAUGUAUAAUGUACAUAAAUACAAAAAUCACUUUUUUAAAAAUAAAUAUAGUAAAUAUAUAUACAUGACCGGUCAAACAUUUUAUAACACCCCAAUUUUUCCAGUUAUUUAUUGAAAUUCAAGUAGUUCAAGUCCAACGAAUAGCUUGAAAUGGUACAAAGGUAAGUGGUGAAGUGCCAGAGGUUAAAAAAACAAAAAAGGUAAGGUUACCCAAAACUGAAAUAUAAUCUAUAUUUCAGAAUUAUACAAAAAAAUUUGUCAACAGUUUAAAGCUGUUGUGCAGAAAUGGAGGUUGAUCAAACCUUGGUAGUUGGUGCAGCUAUUUCCUACAGGUGUCCCAAGUUCUGGAGUACUUCCUACAGCCUCUGUCUGCAUAAAAACAGUGUUCGGAAAACACUGUGGCAUUAUACCCUCGUGAACAUCAGUUGAACAACAUUGUGCUGGACUAUGUGAUGUGCAAGAAAAAAUUUAAUUAACAAUGGAAGAGAAAUAGACCAUCUUUACACUUCAAAAUGUAGGUUUUUGCUCUAGAGAAAUUGGAGUGUUCUCAAACUUUUGACCGGUAGUGUAUUUUCUAUAUUUUUAGUAGGAGGUAGGUCUUUGGGACUUGGUCAUUUUAAAAGUACCUCGCUGGCUGAAAAAGUGUGACCACCCCUACUGGAACUUUUGAAGUCACUGAAGUCUGAUUACUUCCAGAUUUGGUUUGGAAAGUAAUGAUUUGAAUCCUUUUACUGACUUGAGUUCUUAAGAUUCACUCAUUGGGGUUCGGACCGCUUUCAGGGCGCCUUUUAAAGGAUUUUUGCACUGUUGGUCAAACAGUUGUAUGUAAUAAAAGGGAAUCAUAUUAUUUUGUUGAUAUUGUAUUACAUUUUGAAGAAAUAGUAUGUUGAUUUAAAUAUUUUUUGUCUUCCAAAAGUCAGGAAGUUAUUCUGAUUUAUAAAAGAAAUUACAGGCAAAUUGACAAAAUUAUUAAAUUUUAUUGAAAAAUGCAAUUUAAAAAGUACAGUAUCAGUAUCCAUAUUAGCGAUACUGGCUCACUACUGACAGGGUGUCGCAUGGAUUGUCUGUAUUUUAUUGUGAACAUUGAAUGCAACACCUAAUAAAGUGUUGUUUUCCAGUUUAUAUGUUCCCGCCUAAAUUGUAUCACGUCUCCUUUGUUUUAGUUUUCACUAUUUGGUUUGGGCAGUAGAGGGCACUCUGUGUACACUUCUUCAUUGUUUGGGGGUGUGGCCGGAAGGAAGCAACAGUGUUGACCCACUGUGGCAGGAAAUGUUUCUUUGCUGGAUUCUAUGGCUUUUAACAAGUUUGACCACUGUAAUUGUAAUUGAUGAGAUUUUAUUGCAUCG